UGCUCGACAAUGUCACAACAUUAUUUUCACAAACACAUAAACAUUAAUGAUUGAGGUGGUGCGUUGACAGUGGUGAUGAAAACGAUUGAAAAAAAGAAGAAGAAGAAGAAGAAAAGAAAAAGAAUUGAAGAAUGAAUAAACAAAACGGAAUUCUUAACUAACUAACUAAUACACAAGAAAAGAGAGAAGAAAAGAAAAUGAGUAAAAUCAAGAUUUAUUGACAUGAAAAAUAUAAAAGAAAUAAUGAUUAUUUAUUUAAGAAAUGUAUUUUUAUAUUAAAAUAUUUUCAAGCUUCUCAUUUCAUAUAAACAAAUAAAUAAAUAAAUAAAGUAAAAUUUACCAUUUAUUAAAUUUGUUGUGUAUGAAUGUUUUUUACACCAAGUUCGCCAAAUAAGUUCAUUUUUUGAUGUCAUCGUAUUGUGAUUAGAAGAUUAAUAUUUGGAAGAAUUAAUAUAAAAACAAGUUGAUGUUAAUAAAUAAAUAAAUAGAUAUAUCUUAUCUUAUAAUUUCGUUGUUUCUUAUUUGUCACUAUAUGAUAGUAGUAUAGUUUAACUAAGUAUAAAAACAUGUGGAUUGUCUCAUUGUUUGAAUAUAUGAAUGUGAAAGUCACUCGAUAUCAUUACAAAUUAAUUUUUUUAAAAUUAAAAUUUCUUGUAUUACAUAAUUUAAUUAAUGCCUCUUAUGUGUUUAACUUUAUGAUUUGUAAUCUAAAACCACGCGUGGAUAUUUGAGAUGUUUUAAAAACUUUUUUCAAGUCAAAAACAAAUAAGUGCGUGAAAUUGUAUCUGUAACCCUUGAGAGUGUUGAAGUAGGAAAUAUUACUUUCAUGUUCUUUUUGAAAAGAAAAUCAUGUGUUCAUAGCUUUUGUGUAAACAUCGUUUAUUGAUUCAAAACAGUUCUAAUAACUAAUGGUUUACUGUUCUUCAAUAAUUUUAUUUUUGUUUCACAAUAAUCACAUUUUUCAAUUCGUCUAUUAUACACAUCAAACUAACCUUCGCUCUCCUCUCACAUUGUCUUAUCUAUUUUUAAAUUUGUGGCUUCUGUUAGACUAGUCUACGGUUAAAGGACAAAAAGUUAUCUUUAUUUUGCACUUUUAAUAAAAAUACAUCAUAAAUAUCUCUGUCUAAAUUUAUUUAGUGACAGAAUUUUGUUGUCAAAGAAAAAGACAGUUUUUAUUUUGUCUUCAUAUCAGAAAAUAGAUAAAUCUAUUAAUAUAUAGUCUCAUAUGGAGAAGAAAAAUUUAUUCACACAUGAUAUUGCCUACACGAAAGUUUGAUGCAUUAUAUUGGACUUCAUAGCAUCAAAGAAUUUAAUUCUCAAUUUUGGUUAAUCUAUCUGAUUCAAUAGUCAGAUAUGAAUAUAGUAUGGAAUAAAGAAAAUAAACCAUUAGAGAAAACGAUUCUAAUGAUGAAUAUAAACAUUUCCUUUAAAAAUUAAUUUUUGAGAUUCAAUGAAUGUGAUUAUUGUUUCAAAAGUAUUUGGAAUCUUUUGUUGAAUAUGUAAUGAAUGAUAUAAGAUGUAAUUAUCAUCACAAUAUCAUUGACCAUUAUUUCUAUUUGAAGUAAGUAUAGCAUCUUUUAAUAGACAAAACAGAAACGGAUUCAAUUUUAUAAAAAAAAAAAGCAGACAUAUGUCAACAAUGAAGUCUUUAUAACGUUUUUUUUUCUUCUUUGUAUGCUCAUCUCUUUGUUAAAUAUGAAUGAACGAAAAGAAGCUAUUUGUUCUGUUGUAAAAGACGAAGGCAGUUCAGUUUUAUUGAUUUGAUUAAAAGAAAACAUAAUGUAUGGUACAAUGUUAUUCAUUUUUAUAUUUUCAUUAUUAGUAAUUAAUGUUAAUUCAUAUGGUUGUCGUUGUUCAUGUUGUGCAGGUUCUGGUUGUUCAUUACUAUAUUUAGGUACAUUAUCUGUGCCAACAUGUGCUAGUACAACAUGUGUGGAUGCAUGUAAAGCAUCUUAUACAACAUGUUUGGUUGGAUUAUCAAAUGCUGUUUGUGCUGCUACAAAUAUUUUUAAAUUUUAUACCAUCUCAUUAUUAAUUAUUUCUACAUUUACAUUUAUUUUAAUUAUUAACAAGUGCUCUUAA